AAGGAAAACAGAACAACAGAAGCGAGGAUGCAUGCUUACGGUAGAACCGCUGCGACUGGUGCCGUUCACCAACUCACUUGGAGUAACGGCUCUUCAUCUUCGCCCAAGGUUUCUGCUGGGCGUGGAUUUCCAUGCCAAGUUAGAUUCAAAUCCAUCAGGCCUUGUAAAACUUCUUGUAUUGAAGGAAGCUUGGUGACUGGGAGGCCAGCCUCUGAUCCAUCUGUUCAUGUGCCUGAUACUCGCAGUAGUGGGACUAGUUUUGUAGACUAUGCUCUCAGUGAAGCAGAUCCUGAAGUAUAUACAAUAAUUAAUAAGGAAAAGCAACGGCAAUUCAAAAGUUUGGAGCUCAUUGCUUCAGAAAAUUUCACAUCCCGAGCUGUUAUGGAAGCAGUAGGAUCUUGCCUCACAAACAAAUAUUCUGAAGGACUGCCUGGUAAAAGGUACUAUGGUGGCAAUGAGUACAUUGAUGAGCUGGAGAGGCUCUGCCAUGAAAGGGCUUUAGCAGCAUUUAAAUUAGAUCCAAAGAGGUGGGGUGUCAAUGUUCAACCUUUAUCAGGCUCUCCUGCUAAUUUUGAGGUUUACACUGCACUUCUUAGACCUCAUGAUCGAAUAAUGGGCUUGGACCUACCACAUGGGGGGCACUUGUCUCAUGGGUUCAUGACUCCUAAAAGACGGGUGUCAGGCACAUCAAUUUAUUUUGAGUCCAUGCCAUACAGGCUUGACGAAUCUACAGGUCUGGUUGAUUAUGAGAUGCUUGAGAAAACAGCUAAUCUUUUUCGACCAAAGCUCAUCAUUGCUGGUGCCAGUGCAUAUUCUCGGGAUUUUGAUUAUCCUCGUAUGAGAAAGAUAGCGGAUGCUGUUGGUGCUUUUCUCAUGAUGGACAUGGCUCACAUAAGUGGACUAGUUGCUGCUUCUGUGGUUGCUGACCCCUUCGAGUAUUGUGAUGUUGUAACUACGACCACACACAAGUCCUUGAGAGGUCCUAGAGGUGGUAUGAUCUUCUUCAAGAAGGACCCUGUUCUGGGAGUUGAUUUGGAAUCUACCAUCAACAAUGCUGUUUUCCCAGGCUUACAGGGAGGUCCUCAUAACCAUACAAUUGGGGGUCUGACUGUGUGUUUGAAGCAUGCUCAGUCACCAGAGUUCAAAGCUUAUCAGGCUCAGGUGAUAUCUAACUGUAAAGCUUUGGUUGGUCGAUUGAUUGAACAUGGGUACAAACUGGUUUCUGGUGGGAGUGAUAAUCAUCUUGUUCUGGUCGAUUUGAGGCCAAUGGACAUUGAUGGAGCUAGGGUUGAGAAAAUCCUUGACAUUGCGUCUAUAACUCUCAACAAAAAUUCUGUUCCUGGUGAUAAGAGUGCACAAGUCCCUGGUGGCAUUCGCAUUGGUACACCUGCAAUGACUACCAGAGGAUUUGGGGAGAAAGAAUUCAUAGCAACUGCAGACUUCAUUCACGAGGGUAUUCAGAUCACUCUGGAGGCAAAACAAUCUGUUGCAGGGAAAAAGCUCCAAGAUUUCUUUAAGUUCAUUGAAUCUCCAGAGUUUCCCUUGAAGAAACGUGUCAUGGAUCUGCAAAGCAGAGUUGAAGCUCUGACCAGCCAAUUCCCUAUGCCUGGAUUAUAGAUGGUUUUGUGGGAAGGAAAUUUUCUCGUGAGCA